AUGGAGAGAGUAAAUUCAGUUGACUGUGAAACAAAGCUGGAGCUGGCCCAAGCAGCUAAUGAAUGCCCUUUAAAUAGUCAAGAAAUCCCUCCUGUAAGCGAUGCUGAACAUUCAGUGAAGCACUGCUAUUGCCACCACUGCACUUGUGGAUUCCAUCAAUGUCCAGCUGAUCUUAUCAGCAAAAGACCAUCAGCAAGAGAUGCUUGGAUUUCUCGGUAUCGAAAAGAAUUCACCAGCUUUCCCAAUGAAAUGAAGACAUAAAAAUAAAAUAAAUAUUUUGUUUAAAAAUAAAUGAAAGUUUUAAUUCAUUAUAUAGGAAGAGAUUAAGCCAAAAUCUCCAUCAUCAAUAAGCCCAGGAAGCUGAAAGAAAAUAGCAAAAAGCUAUGUGCCUAAGUUUGACGGUCUAACUACACAAAAGGCUGAUUAUAUUAAUUACGGUAGUUAUGAACCUGCAAAAACUGAAAGGAUUAUCAGAGAGCCUCAGAAUUUAAAGACCUUAUCAAUGUCUUCUUAUAAGAGUGAAUACAUUGAUUGAAAAAGCGGAGACCCUGUUCAUGUAAAAGUAUCUCCACUUCCUUAUCGAGGAGACAUGGUAAAGUGAAAUCACAAUUCAGUUUACCGUGAAAAUUAUAGGCUAAACUCAGGCCAUAUAAAAAAUAUAAUAGCUCGCUCAACAACCCCUCCUCCUUUCCCAUCAAUCUUUAAAGAAGAGCCUCAGUCAAUUCAAAAGACGAGCUACACGAAUAGAUCAUCACAGUCUUCCAUCUUAAACAAGAUUAUAGAGAGACCCAAAGAAAGAACCAGCACAACCCCAACCCCUGGCAAUCACUUUUCUACUAUUUACAGAUCUUCAUACAAAGAAAGCAAAUUUUUGCCUUUAACUCGUCUUAGAUAA